UCACUGAUGUUCACUUGAUUUUGCCUUUUUUUUUCCUCCCCAAGCUGAAUCUGAUGCUCAGCAAGUGAGCUCUCUCCAGCUGCCAAGAUGGUAAUAAACGUCUGUCUCCCACAGUUCAAGCCAAGAAUUCACUGCAACAAGAUUUCUGCUGAUGGUUACGAAGUGGAGAAUCUGAUCUCGGAAGACCUCGCCAGGAGAAACCGUGGUUUCCGCAGCGAAUACUUCAUCAAACCCCCGGUCCACGUCACGAUCUCUUUUCCCUUCAACAUCGAGAUCUGCAGGAUUAAUAUCGACGUCUCCUCCGGGGGGUAUCAAGCCUUCUCGGGGCUCGAAGUUUACAUCUCUACCUCAUGCAAUAAAACCUCUUGGCAGAGCCCCGAGGGGCAGUUCUCAGGUCUGGCCGGUCAGCCUGUGUCAGACAAAGACACUUUCACCCUGGUGGGAAAAGCAGUCUUAAAAAAUCAAAGCAAAGUGACGUUUGGCCACAGAGGCUUCAAGCCGAGGCCUCCCUUCCAUCAGAUGGAAAACGUCUUCUCCUACCCCGGCUCUGCAUCUCAAGACCUCUGGAACAAAGGGCCCGCCUCGCUCGCCAACGUGUCCCACCUCAAAAUCUGCAUCACCCACGUGGCCGGAGGCGGGCUGCCCUGCAUUAAGAGGCUGGAGGUGUGGGGACAGCCCGCCAAGUCGUGCCCGCAGGAGGUGAUCGAAGGGGUCUUCCAGGUGGCCUCCCAGUUCUCCACCCAGGACGUCGGCAGCCUGAAGCCGGAGCUCUGGACGCCGAUGGAGAGCGACUGCAUGCCCUUCAGCGCCAGCGACAGCAAGCAGCAGACCCUCCGCCAGCUGGUGGACGUCGUCCAAGACAUCCCCGAAGAAUUCCUGGACCCCAUCACUCUGGAGAUCAUGACCUUCCCCAUGCUCCUGCCCUCCGGCAAGGUGAUCGACCAGACCACCUUGGAGAAAUGCAACCGGAGCGAGGCGUCCUGGGGCAGGGUACCCAGUGAUCCUUUCACUGGGGUGGCCUUCAGCCAGCACUCGCAGCCCCUACCUCACCCUACCCUGAAGGCCAGGAUAGAUCAUUUCCUCCUCCAGCACAGCAUCCCUGGCACCAACCUGCUCGGGAGGGCUCACGCCUCGGAGACGCUCGUACCUUCUUCCGUCACCAUGUCUUCUCUGAAGAGGAAAAUGGACUGUAUGGAGCAGAGCGGCUCGGUGCAGCCGCCCUAUUUUUCUUCUACAAACUUAUUUGUCACGUCUACCUCAGAGAACAGUGCUAAAAAAAUGAAAACUGACAGUGACUCGCACUUGACCCAGAUGGACUGUUCGACAG